GACUGUUCAGACCCACCGGCUGUGCUGUCCUGCCAGGGGCCUGAAGACGGGCCUAUCUGAUGGCAAAGGUUUGCUAGGUAUGCUGGUCCAGGCUGGUUUCUCUGAGACGGUGCAGGCCACGUGAUCCUCCUAGAGGCAGUGAGCAGGCCCGGGUCCCUACCACAGCCAGGAGGGAAAAGCAAGGGAUCCGCCUCCCGCAGCCAUGCUGAAACAGAGCGACAGGAGACGGUCCUGGAGCUACAAACCCUGGAAUACUACGGAGAAUGAGGACGCGCCCCACGCAGGGGGCAGCCAGCACCGCAGGAGCGUGUGCUCCGUGGGGGCCCGCUCCGGCUCCCAGGCCAGCAUCCCAGUGUGGACCGAGGGCAACUACAACUACUACAUCGAGGAAGAUGAGGACGAGGAGGAGGAGGACCAGUGGAAGGACGACCUGGCCGAGGAGGACCAGAAGCCACAGGAGGUCCCUACCGCCCAGUCUGACAGCAACAGCGACGCUCCUGCCCUGUCGACCACGCUAAACGUGAAUGUGGGCGGCCACAGCUACCAGCUGGACUACUGCGAGCUGGCCGGCUACCCCAAGACGCGCCUGGGGCGCCUGGCCGCCUCCACCAGCCGCAGCCGCCAGCUCAGCCUGUGCGACGACUACGAGGCGCGGACGGACGAGUACUUCUUCGACCGCGACCCGGCCGUCUUCCAGCUGGUCUACAACUUCUAUGAGUCCGGCGUGCUGCUGGUGCUGGACGGGCUGUGCCCGCGCAGCUUCCUGGAGGAGCUGGGCUACUGGGGCGUGCGGCUCAAGUACACGCCGCGCUGCUGCCGCAUCUGCUUCGAAGAACGGCGCGACGAGCUGAGCGAGCAGCUCAAGAUCCAGCGCGAGCUGCGCGCGCAGGCGCAGGCCGAGGAGGCCGAGGAGCUCUUCCGCGACAUGCGCUUCUAUGGGCCCCAGCGGCGCCGCCUCUGGAACCUCAUGGAGAAGCCCUUCUCGUCGGUGGCCGCCAAGGCCAUCGGGGUGGCCUCCAGCCUCUUCGUGCUCAUCUCCGUCGUGGCGCUGGCGCUCAACACCGUGGAGGAGAUGCAGCAGCAGGGAGAGCAGGACGAGGGCGGCCCGGACCUGCGGCCCAUCCUGGAGCACGUGGAGAUGCUGUGCAUCGGCUUCUUCACGCUCGAGUACCUGCUGCGCCUGGCCUCCACGCCCGACCUGCGGCGCUUCGCGCGCAGCGCCCUCAACCUGGUGGACCUGGUGGCCAUCCUGCCGCUCUACCUGCAGCUGCUGCUUGAGUGUUUCACCGGCGAGGACCACCAGAGCGGCCAGACGGUGGGCCGCGUGGGCAAGGUGGGCCAGGUGCUGCGCGUCAUGCGGCUCAUGCGCAUUUUCCGCAUCCUCAAGUUGGCGCGCCACUCCACCGGGCUGCGCGCCUUCGGCUUCACGCUGCGCCAGUGCUACCAGCAAGUGGGAUGCCUGAUGCUCUUCAUCACCAUGGGCAUCUUCGCCUUCUCCGCCGCCGUCUACUCCGUAGAGCACGACGUGCCCGGCACCAACUUCACCAGCAUCCCCCACUCCUGGUGGUGGGCCGCGGUGAGCAUCUCUACCGUGGGCUACGGAGACAUGUACCCAGAGACCCACCUGGGCAGACUUUUUGCCUUCCUCUGCAUUGCUUUUGGGAUCAUUCUCAAUGGGAUGCCCAUUUCCAUCCUCUACAACAAAUUCUCUGAUUACUAUAGUAAGCUCAAGGCUUACGAGUAUACCGCCAUACGCAGGGAAAGGGGAGAUGUGAACUUCAUGCAGAGAGCCAGAAAGAAGAUGGUUGAGUGUUUAUCUGGAAGCAACUCACAGCCCAUCCCAAGGCAAGAUAAUUAAUAUUUCGUAGGACACGGGCUGGUAGGUUCCAUGUACUUCAAGGCUGCAUUGUUUGUUUUGUUUUAUCAUCACGAUUGACAUCAAAAGGAUACAUGAAGCAGACAUACACAAUGGGCAUUCAGUUCACAAAGUUCUACCUCUAGAAAUGCUCAUUUUGGCCCAGACUCAGAAUGUCUUAUAUUGCUCUUUAACUGUAUUGUAUGUGAGUGUGUCUUUCCCGAUGACACUGAUGUUGAAAACUUGAGAAGAGCAACAGCUUAGAUUUUCUCUUGUAGCUUCUCAUGGCAUCUAGCUCAAUAAAUAUUUUUGCACUUGA